AUUUGAACCGGAUGUGGCCGCCAUAACUUUGGACAAACAUAAACAGUGUUGCGCUUCGUGCAGGAUUUUUUAAAGCUCCCAUGCUGGUGCUGUGAUGGAGAAACCAGAGAGUGCUGUGAAUGUUUUCCUGAAGGAGUCUAACUGGAGACUCCCAGUCUGAAACUACCAGCAUGUCCCGCCCUGCGCGGAGCACCGUGUCUCCGUGGGUCGAGAGUCUGAUCCUGAGCUAUGGCGGCGAGGAGCAGAGCAGCAGCAGCGGCCGGCUGAAGGCUCACGUCAUCGGGGUGGGACAGAUGUCUCAGUCCCAGGCUCAGGGCUCCGAGGGCCCCACCGGGCUCCUCUUCCUGUCCGACGGGGUCCUCCAGAUCCCCGCCAUCCUCACCGCAUCCGCCUGGGAGCAUCUCCAGGAGCAGGAGGACCGCGAGUGUUUCACCAGCCUCCUCAACACCACCGUGUGCAUCCAGGACUACCGGCUGCUCUUCCACAUGUCCAUCGAACAAACUAAAUGCAGAUUCUUUUUAUCAGUAGGAGAGCUCGCUUCCACCGCAGCCGGACCCGUGAAACACAACACGCCCUGCUGCAUGACCCUGCCCGCCAUCAGGAUGAAGGUGUGUAAGACGUGGAGGGCCCUGCUGGGUCAGGAGGACUCUCAGAGGAGCCAGUGUGGGUUCGAUCUGUCCGAGCUGCUCGGGGAGUGGCAGCACGACUGUCUUCAGGCCGUGCUGGAGGACGUUCGGGAGAGGCUGAGCAGCCGUCCCGUGAGCCCGCAGCCCUCCACCUCCACUGGCGCGUCAUCGCUGUCCCACGCAGAUACACUCACCGCCACAAGCUGGGACGCUGACAGGGUCAGGUAUAAGGGAGCGAAAUGUUUCAGUGUCCCCAUGAAGUGUCUCAUCAUCCCAGAUGAAGACACCGAGCUGCUGAAUGCUGGAUUUUCUGCUGCCUCUGAGGACAGAAAGACAGAUUUACUUCAAGUCUGCAAAUCUCCAGAGACCACACCGCCUUCUGCUGAUGAUGCAGAGUGGCGGAUAUCAAAGCCAGGACUUUUAGAGAGAGACGCCAUCGAGAAUCCACCGUCUCCUGUGGACAGCUUGCUACAUGAGGCCUUAAUGAUUGACAGCGACAUCAGGCCUUUAUCCAACCCGUGGGACAUUUUUCCACCAUGUGACACCAUAUCGUUGUCUGACGCAUCUCCAGAAGCAACGCCGCCCCAGUCAGAGAACGAUCCCGCCGCUACCGAAUUCAAAUCAGAUCAUGCUGCCAUCUUAACCAGCACGCAACUUCCUGUCAGCAGCUGGGAGGAAUCCCGGCAGACGUCCGAAAACAGCAGAGGAGAGCAGAGCGAGCUCCCGCCGUAUCAGAACCUUCUUCCACACUCAACCAGCCUCCCCGAAACUUCUGUGAGUCCACCAGAGUUCCUGAAAACACCGUCCCACGUGUUGCUCGCCACAGCCGAACACCAGACCGACACACCUCAACAAAAUCUCCCAGUUUUAGGUCAAGAAAAGCAGGAAGACGAGACUGCUGAUGGAAAACAUAGAAAAGCAAAAAGAAAGAGAAGUGAGCCCACACAGGAGGCCCUCGCCACCUUAGUGGAGGAGGAGAUCGGCGGGAGUCCUCCGUCGUGGCUCUUUGACUCUCAGACGGGAUCCGGGGCCGAAGACGGCAGCAGUCACACGCGGGGCGAGAGCGUGGGGACUGUCCCGAGGAAGAGUCCCACUGUCCACAGCGAUGGCAGGCCGUUCUCUUACUCCUACCAAGUGUCUGGACAGAAUCUGCAAGAUUUCAGUCGAUUUAAGGUUGCAGAGUCGUUUCUGCGCUGGGCGGUGAAAUAUCUUCUUCCAAAGCAGACGGAGAAUUCACACGACCCGUCCGCGACCUCUGAUUGCACGGACAGGACCGAGGUCACGUCACUUUAGGUUCAAAAUGUGGGAAGACAGACGUCUGAUCUGUGAUUGUUUCAGCUUCUCACACAGGUUUGACUGAGUGUUUCAGGGCAGCUCUUAUCAUAUUUUAUAAGCUACAUCACCAAGUAAGAAGUCUACGGGUUGUAAAAUAUUCUUUUUUACAUGUUCACUGUUAAGCAUUUUAAGCUUGUCCAGCAAAAAAAUAAUAAAAAUAAU